AAACCUUGCUUCUUCCCUUCAUCCUUAAAACCAAAAGAGGGCAACGAACUAUCAAGCAAUAUCUCCGCUAAAUUCUGUGGAACGACUUUCAGAAUCGGAAUGGCAAAUGCCAACGCUUUCGCUGGACAGUGGUCGGCACUCCCUACUUCGUUAACACCAUGGAUUUUGGAUGUCAUCCAGUGCAUGGGUCAUACUCAAAUGACACCCGUACAAGCUUCCACGAUUCCAUUGUUUUUACAGAAUAAGGACGUGGUAGUAGAAGCCGUCACUGGAUCUGGAAAGACCCUCGCAUUCGUGAUACCGGUACUGGAAAAACUCAUCAGGAGGGAGAGUAAACUUAGGAAGAACGAAAUUGGGGCGUUAGUUAUUUCCCCUACGAGGGAACUUGCCAACCAAAUACAUUCUGUCUUCAACCUCUUCCUAUCCUCUCAGCCUUCCCUAUCAAGGUCAUCAUCACCUACCUCUGAUGAUAAUGAACUAAACCGAGAGUACCCGGAACCUCUGCUGCUCGUAUCCUCUGACGAUUCGCCCGCAGAAGAUAUACAGCGAUUCCUCUCAACUGGUGCAGAUAUUGUCAUUGGGACACCAGGUCGUGUGGAGGAGUUCCUUCUUGGAAAGGGAAAGGACGUGGUCAAUGUCAAGGAGCUGGAAGUGCUGGUGCUUGACGAAGCUGAUCGACUACUUGACUUGGGGUUUCAAACCGCAUUGACUCGUAUACUCCGCCAUUUGCCUAAGCAAAGACGGACUGGUUUGUUCAGUGCAACCAUGACCGAUGCAGACGCAAUUUCGGAACUCGUCCGUGUAGGUUUGCGAAAUCCUGCUCGCGUAGUUGUCAAAGUACAAACCAAAAAGUCAAGAAAGGGGAAAGAGGUCGAUAAGUCGUUUGGGGGCGAUAUUAUUGAAGAGCGUCGAAUACCGGCGAACUUGCAGAACUAUUAUAUGUCAUGUCAAGUUUCUGAGAAGCUGAUCCAGCUAAGCCGUGUCAUUCGACAUGAGACGUCGACUCAAGAUUCCUCUCGCUUCAUCGUAUAUUUUGCGACAUGCGCAUGCGUUGACUACUUCUACCGCGUACUUCCUCUUCUGCUCCCAAGUGAAUCUACACUAUACUCCCUUCAUGGACAUCUUCAACCCGGGACUAGAACUCGAACACUCGCCUCCUUUACCAACUCUGUCUGCACACCGUCGUCUCCCUCGAUCCUGCUGGCUACUGAUGUCGCUGCCAGAGGACUUGACUUACCUGACGUAGAUGUGGUAGUGCAGUUUGACCCGCCGUCCGAUCCCAAGGCUUUUUCGCAUCGUUGUGGACGGACCGCACGUGCUGGCCGUAGUGGUCGUGCUUGGGCGAUGCUCGUUGGUAGAGAGCGCGACUAUGUUGACUUCAUGGCUGUCAGGAAGAUUCCCUUGAAGGAACGGCAAUCGUUUUCAAAGGAUGGCUCAUCGAAAGACGAGGACGACGUAGACGACGUGGAGGUGAACGCUGUAUUGGCGAAAAUCAGGUCUAUGUUACUCACGGAUCGGUCAAUGCACGAUAAAGCAGUAAGAGCAUUUGUCUCUUUCGUUAGGGCAUACUCCAAACAUGAAGCCUCCUACAUAUUUCGAUUGACGGACCUUGAUCUCGUUGGUCUUGCGAAAUGUUUUGGUCUCCUGCGGCUACCUCGCAUGCCUGAACUACGAAACGUUGACAUUUCUGACUGGCAGGACGCUGACGUCGAUUGGGACAAUUACGCCUACACCGAUAAGGCCCGCGAAGCCAAGCGACUAGCGGAAGCUAAGAAGCAAAAAACCAUCGGCGAUGCUGAAAGAGCGAAGCGCAAAGCCUUGCGAGCCGAGAAAAGGGCAGCAACCGCUGCUUGGAGUAGUAAAGUGGUGAAGAAAGAAGAGAAGGAGAAACGAAGGGAAAAGAAGGAUCGGAAGCGGAAAUGGCUCAAGACCCAACUGGAUACUCAAAAUGAUGAUAUGGUCGACACUAACAAUAACGCGGCAGAGGAUGAAGAUGAGUGGGAGGACCUGGCCAGAGAGGAACGGAUGGCAAAAAAGCUUAGGCGAGGGGAUAUUAGUCAGGGCGAGUUUGACACGGAGUUCUCUGGCUUGUAGUGUGUAAGAUCUCCUCCUGCGUAUCAAUGCUUUUCUACGCCGUUUCGUACUUAGACUGAGCCUGAGCAACUUCGAUCAAUGAGCGCUAAAAUUAUAUAACUGAAUCCCUUGACCUCAAUUUGUGCCACUUACACUUUGCUCUCGACAUUACGAUCACAUUUGUUCUACCUUGGCAUUCAUGCUUCCUAGAAAAUGUUUCGUGCGUUGUCAUUAUCUUUACUUUCCGAAAUCCUUCAAUGAAAUGUUAUGCAGUGGUAUUACGAGGAUGGGCUACCUCGUAGAC